UCCCUGUGCGCUGAGUCACUUGUCAUGAGUGACUCCAUUGUGAGGCGUUUCGGGCCACGAAGCAGGACCGUGGGCCGCACUCCGGGUCCGCGCCCUGCCCUCGCCGACCUCCCGCGCGUGGAAGGGGGACGGCGGCGGCGGAGCUCCCCGCCACAGAGAGCCCCGAAAUGGUCAUUCCGAACAGGAGAAGUGUGGCCUGGGGUUCCUGGUUUAAGAGGCCCCCGCGCUGAAAGGCUGUUCGCCGAGGAGGGGCUGCCGGGGAGGGAGCUUGAGCGCGGCGGAGCGAGACCCGUCCCCGCCUGGCGUGGCCCGGCCCGAGGGACAGCGGCGCCCCCAGGACCCUCCCCAGCGUGGCCCCAGCUCGCUCCGGGACCGCGGGGCCAGGCCGGGCGGGAGCGCGGGGACGUACACGGCGGCCCCGCCCGCGCGCUCCUCCUCCCUCCCGGCCGGCCCUGCGCAGGCGGCGGUGGCCCCGAUCUCCGCGCUGCUGAGGCGCGCCCGGCCGCUCCCACGGCCUCCCCUCCGCCCUGCGGUCCCGCCGCCUCCGGGGCCGCCUGGGACCCUGGCCCUCGCCGGGCAGGACGCCGCCAGCGCUGAAGGCGCAGCCCGGAGGCCGCGCGGAUGCAGAUCUGUGGAUCCAGCGUAGCAUCUGCAGCAGCCGGGACAUCAUUCCAGGUUUUGGGCCCGGUGUGUUGGCAACAACUGGAUCUGAAGAUGGCAGUCAGGGUGCUUUGGGGUGGCCUCAGCCUGUUCCGAGUGCUGUGGUGUCUCCUUCCACAGACGGGCUAUGUGCACCCAGAUGAAUUCUUCCAGUCACCUGAGGUGAUGGCAGAGGACAUCCUGGGCGUUCAGGCCACCCGGCCCUGGGAGUUUUACCCCAGCAGCUCCUGCCGCACGGUGGUCUUCCCCCUGCUGAUCUCUGGCUCUACCUUCUGGCUGCUCAGGCUCUGGGAGGAGCUGGGGCCGUGGCCUGGCCUGGUGAGCGGCUAUGUGCUGCUGGUGGGGCCACGACUCCUCCUCACUGCUCUUUCCUUUGCUCUGGAUGGGGCCGUGUAUCACCUGGCCCCACUGUUGGGGGCGGAUCGCUGGAACGCCCUGGCCCUGCUGUCUGGUUCCUACGUCACCCUGGUCUUCUACACAAGGACCUUCUCCAACACCAUUGAGGGACUCCUCUUCACGUGGCUGCUGGUGCUGGUAUCCUCCCAUGUAAUGUGGGGCCCUACACGCAAGGAGCCUGCGCCGGGUCCAUGGUGGCACAGCUGGCUUCUUGGAGGCAUUGUGGCUGCUGGCUUCUUCAACCGGCCCACCUUUCUGGCCUUUGCUGUGGUCCCCCUCUACCUCUGGGGCACUCGUGGAGCCACAAACCCUGGCUUGAAGUCCCUGACCCGGGAGGCCCUGGUGCUGCUCCCUGGGGCGGCCCUCACAGCAGCGGUGUUUGUGGCCAUGGACAGCUGGUAUUUCUCCAGCCCCGCUACAGCCAGGACCCUUGUCCUUACACCUGUCAACUUCUUGCACUACAACCUGAAUCCCCAAAACCUGGCGAGGCACGGCACGCAUGCGCGGCUCACUCACCUGGCAGUCAACGGCUUCCUGCUCUUCGGGGUGCUGCACGCCCAGGCCCUGCAGGCUGCGUGGCAACAGCUGCAAGUCGGCCUCCAGGCCUCUGCACAAAUGGGCCUCCUGAGGGCACUGGGUGCCUGGAGCCUGCUGUCCAGCCCCAGGUCCUAUCUCCUUCUCCUCUACUUCAUGCCUCUGGCCCUGCUAUCUGCCUUUAGCCACCAGGAGGCUCGGUUCCUGAUUCCCCUCCUGGUCCCCCUGGUCCUGCUUUGUAGUCCACAGACCCAGCCUGUGCCUUGGAAGGGCAUCGUGGUCCUCUUCAAUGUCCUCGGCGCCUUCCUCUUCGGCUGCCUGCAUCAGGGGGGCCUGGUGCCUGGCCUGGAGUACCUGGAGCAGGUGGUCCACGCCCCUGUGCUCCCAAGCUCACCCACCCACUACACAAUCCUCUUCACUCACACCUACAUGCCCCCCCGGCACCUCCUACGCCUCCCAGGCCUGGGGGCACCAGUGGAGCUGGUGGACAUGGGUGGGACUGAGGACUGGGUCCUGUGCCAAACCCUCAAAAGCUUCACCAGACAACCAGCCUGCCAAGUGGCUGGUGGGCCAUGGCUCUGCCGCCUCUUUGUGGUGACACCUGGCACCACCAGGCGUGCCGUGGAGAAGUGCAGCUUCCCCUUCAAGAAUGAAACACUCUUAUUUCCCCAUCUGACCCUGGAGGAUCCACCAGCCCUGUCCUCUUUGCUGAGUGGGGCUUGGAGGGACCACCUCAGUCUUCACAUCGUGGAGCUGGGGGAAGAAACCUGACACUAUGACGAGCACCCACUGCCCAAGACUCAGCCAUGGAAGAUGCUGCCCCACCUUCUACUUGGGUAGCUGGGCUGGGAUGCUGGGACAGGACCCCGGUUCUCCUUCACGACUCCCACUGCUGCCUCUCCUGGGCACAGCUGUUAGCUAUUCUGCCUUCUGGGUGAGCUGGCACUCUUCUCCCUGAGACCAAAGAUUUGACCUGUCAGUCUUGAUGUAAGGUCCCCAAAGACCAGGUUAAGCGACGACAUCUGUCUGUUCCUGCCCUGUUGCUUCCAGCCACUGUGAUGUUUGAAAUAUGUAAUAGUACCUGGUUGUGAAAAAAGACAAUGAACUGCUAGUGACAUUCCUCAAUGACCUCUCCCAAACCUCCCAUGAUGCCUUACCCUUGCUGUCAUGACAAUCCUCUGGCUUCCUAAGACCCAUCUGCCUAUCGAAAUAUGUGCAAGUCAGUGAGACAAAGUAUAGAGAACAGGUGGCCCAGAUCCAGGGGACCCAACUUCUAGCCCCUUGGUCUGUCACCCCCUCGCUGUGUGAUCUUGAGAAAGCCCCUUCCACUCACCCACCCCACUUCCCAGUCUGUUGGGAUCAGAGGAUCUUUGAGGUGUCUGUCAGCUAACAUUGUGUCAUUUCUGGAGUCCACAGUACAUGUCCCCUGCCUCGACAGGCACAGCUCUCACAAAGCUCUUCAAGCAUGGAAGUGGGAGUUGUGUUGUACUUCAUGGCACUCUGAUGCCUGCUGUCUCAGUGUUUGGUUAUUAUGCAAACAAGUAAUGUUUGAAAUAUAUAAUAGCACUGGAGAUUUUCUCCCU